AUGUCAGCGGUAAAUUACGGUGCGACUGUUACGGUCGGGUGUUGCGAGGUCCUACCUGCCAGUUAUCAAUUUUUCUUGGAAAAACUGAAAAACUACUGGCAUUUCAGACAACUGAAUACGCAGCGUGAUCAAGGCCAAGAUGCGGGGUCCCCACAUGGCGUACUUGCAGCUGGCGAGCAGGUUGAUUUGCGCAUGUGCGCCCUGAAAAUACAUAAAGUUCGGGCUCCUGCGUGUCAAAGCAGAGUUCCCUACCGUUCUACUUGGCCAUCGGGCGUCUUUGGUCCGCAAUUCAUGGCGGAGGAUCGUGGGGCAUUAAAGCGAGGGAUCAAAAAGGCAAGAACGCGGCAUGGAUGUUUGAACUGCAAGACCAGGAGGCGCAAGUGCGAUGAAUUGAAGCCAACAUGCUCGCGUUGUGCUGCUAAGAACGACAAAUGUGAAUGGGCUUCUCGCCUCACCUUCCGAGCCGAGAAUGCGUUAGCAAUUCAUCCAUCACUAUUGCAUCAGCCCCCGGGACUUCCGCCUAAGCGUUUCAGGAUUAAAGAUAUCACUGCAGAAGUCAUGCGGGACUACCAGUGUGACAAGCCAGGAGAUGGGUCCGACGCUUGCGACCAGUCUGAUAACCAGCGGGUCAGUGGUUACAGCGAUCCCUCGCCUAUCACGAUCGAUGACCGGAGCGUCUCAUUUCCAAAUGGCUCGUGCUGGCGGGAAAACACAUCUUAUACGAACGCUGAGGAUAUCCCGAGUCAGGCUCGACCCCAAGAAUACAUACCCAUACCUACUUCUGCAGAUACAGAAGUGACAUGGAACAGUCCGGUAGUUGCCGCACACCCAGACAACACCAUCUUUCUUCCGGGAUGUGCAUACCUCAACGCUCAUGCCGCAUUCAGAAGUCACCUGAAACAACAGGCAGGAUCCAAUGAUCAUACCCCAGAAGCCUCGCUGUUUCAGCUAUCAGCCGAGGAAGAAUUCGAGUUAUGGAAGAAUUGGCUUGAUGAAAUAGCGCCUUGGAUUGACAAGUUCGAUGGUGAACGCCAUUUCCAGCACCAACUUCCUACAUUGGCACGCUCCCACGAGCACCUGAAGUACUCAAUGCUAGCAUUAUCAGCCCGACAGCUUGAGGUCAAGAACAAUAGCAUACACACCGAGCGCAGCCUAGCUUUAUACCAAACAGCCAUCCAACUUGUCUUACCGCAUCUACAUACACGCAGCACGGCAGUGAUAGCAACAUGCGUGGUAUUAUGCGUGCUAGAGAUGCAAAGCAGUUCGUCAAAGGCGUGGCAUCAGCAUUUGGAUGGCUGUGCGCAUUUGAUUGAAGCAGUUGGAAUCCAUGGCUUCUCCGGUGGCCUCGAACAAGCCUUGUUCUGGUGCUUCGCCCGUAUGGAUGUAUGUGGUGGACUUAUUUCAUCAUCCAAAACGCUCAUACCCGUUGAGCGCUGGGCCUUGGGCAUGAGUCUUGACGCCGAUGUGCAUCUCUUUCGAGCGAACAAAGGAUACAACACUCACGCAUGUGAAGUAGUAUACUUGUGCGCACAGAUACUCGACUUACUCUCCUUCCACCCCAACUUGGCCGGGCGCGCUGGCGUCUCACUCGAUAAAUUAGAGAUUCGAGAUGAAGCUUACAUGGCUCGGUGGAUGAAGCUUUGGAACUACGUUUCUGCAUGGCAUGCUACGCGUCCGGUAGAGAUGCUCCCCAUAACGUCUCUCACAAUCCCUACAUGGCCAUUUCCCAAGAUCCUGUACAGCAACCCUGCCGCCAUCUCGGGGAACCAACUUUACCAUACAGCAUGCCUUCUGAUGCUUAAGCACAAGCCUGCGGGGGUCAUCAUCACGCCUAAGCCGAACUCUAUUUUCUGGCAUGCGCGUCAGAUCUGCGGGAUAUCGAUGAGUAAUGACCACCACGGUGCGUGGACCAAUGCGAUACAGCCUCUGUGGAUAGCAGGCCAAUAG